UAGCCGCUCGCACCUUUACUUACUCAGUAUAUCCUAGCUUUGUCUUCAGAAUCGUUACAACUGCGAUAAGUGAGGACAUUGUCUUAGAUGCCGGUACUACAUGAUAUCUCAGGUUACGACUCAUGAUAUCCAUUUGCCUUGCUUCAAACAACCUACAAAAAGGCUCUGAACGCACUAUUAUCAGACGAUCUUUCUCAAAAUGUCCCAGACCAAAUACACCACGCUGAUAAAUAACUAUUUCCAAACUUCAGGGAGAAGUCCUGCUUCUCUUUCAUUCGAGGAAUCGUCCGUAGGGGCGUCAGACAAAGCAGUCUGGACGGUGAUCUGCAAAGUCAACGGGGAGACCAAAGGUAAAGGGGAGUCUUCCACUAAGGCUGAAGCUAAAAAUCAGGCGUCCAAGAAUGCUCUUGAGGCCCUCGGCCAGAGUACCGAUUGACGGUACUUAUACAUUCGCCUUAUAAAAUCUAAAUUUCUUUGAAAAACAAAGCAUUCUUGAAGAGGCCUGAGGAUCCUAAUAGUUUUCAAAGUUCAUGCAAACGGUGAAUACUGUAAAGUGUAGUAGUAUGUACAAGCAGUUGGUUUAUUGAAUCUAGUUUUUUGGAUCUGGUUGAUAGACA